AUGCGAGGCGCUGCGGAAGGCCCUGGCGCUGCGGAUGGGCAGGGCGCUGCGGAUGAUGCAGGGGCAGCGGAUGAUGCCGGUGCUGCGGAUGGGCGGGUCAUAGAAGUGGGUGAUGGUGCUGCGGAUGGGCGGGGCGUUGCGCAAGGUCCUGGCGCUGCGGAUGGGCAGGGCGCUAUGGGCAGGGCCUUGCGGAUGAUGCAGGUGCAACGGAUGAUGUCGGUGCUGCGGAUGGGCGGGUCGCAGAAGCGGGUGACGGUGCUGCGGAUGGGCAGGGCGCUGCGGAUGGGCAGGGCACUGCGGAUGAUGCUGGUGCUGCAGAUGAUGUUGGUGCUGCGGAUGGGCGGGGCGCAGAGGAGGGAGAGGGUGGUGCGGUUGGGCGAGUCGCUGCUGAUGGUCCUGGCGCUGACGAUGGCCCUGGCACUGCAGAAUGCGGAGGUAGGCGUCCUGCGCCGCUCUGUCUCUGUCGCCGGCCGUGUUGGCGCGACUGUGAUGCUCGAGCACGCCGCCGUGCGUCCGCUGCAUCGGCCGCAAUAUUGUUGGCGGUCGAGCGUGUCCGGCGUGUUUGCCGAACGUUGCGUCUGCGAAUUCGAAAGCCAGCUGGUGGAGUGGGGUUUGGCCCCGGCGCGUCGGCCACAGUGCGCCACCUUCUCUGGGAACACUUCCUUCACCGCCGGGAUGAGGCCUUUGUCACCGUCGCUGAUGGUAGCCGCGUCGUCCCGCCCCUUCCAGUCGGAAUAG